AUGGGUCAAGCAGCUUGGGUAACAAAGGAACAAGUCAUAGAGUGGUUUGCCACCUAUCCGCUUACUGCUGGUACUGAAGCCGAGCUGGUAGACGCCCAUAGUAGUGCCGAGGAUGUCAAUUCAAAUGACCGAAAGAAGAAGGAGAAGAUCUACCACUGGUAUUUUAAUCAUUCACGUGGCACGACAAGCGGUACAGGGUCACAAAAACUUCUCGACCUCGCUGGCAAAUGCAAGGGCCAACUCCUGCCGUGGCAAACAUACUCUCGCCUAUAUCACAAAGGCGAAUUCAAGAUGAAGAUGGAGAAGGAAUAUGGCGCUUACGUGCAGGCUUUUGUUCCGACCAUCGAGAAGGAUAGUCCAAUGAAGUUCCUUGAGUGGCAGAAGAAUCGUUUCAACAAGCUUCUUCGAGAGGCAACACCGGAGGUCAAAGCAGAGGUUGAGCAGAUAGAGCAAGACAGUGAAUACCUCUAUGGUAUCCAAAGCGCAAUGGACUCCUUGCCCAAGACACUUGAUGCGGCUGCUAACCAGAUAUAUGUGAAGACUGGUUGCGUGGUUGCAAUCCUCGUCGGGGGUCCUCAGCCACGGCUAGGCGGCCAGAUCACAAGUUGGUUUGUGCAUCGCGGUAAGACAGCGGGUGAUGAGUUAGAGUUCGACGAAGCACUACCUGAUUUGGAAGCGCCUGAGAUAUGUGAAGCUCGAGCACUCCAACCUAUUGUAUCACUGUUGACCUCACAUGGCCUCACACCAGUGGUUGCUGUAGCCACGCAGCCCACAGCCCCGUCAUGUAGCCUCAUGCCAAGGGUUGCUGCAGCUACUCAGUCUGUGGCCCUGCAGCCUGCACCUACUGCAAUGGAACCUGUAGCCCAGCCUGCCGUGGCUUGUACACCCGGUGCUAUCACCACCACCAUGUCAACAAUGUCCACUGCGACCAAGUGUGGUAUCACUCCAACACUCACUACUGUACCACUGCCUAGUACUGCGGUAACACCCUCUACUACAACUACUGCAACGACGGCACCUGCUACAUCGCCAACUCCCUCACCAACGCCUGCAACAAUGGCGGCACCUUCUCCCUCACCAACUCUGCCAGCAAUGGAUGUUGAUAUUGCGUCGUCAAACAAGACAGAGGUUUCACUGUCCACUCAUGUCCUGAUUCCGGUCCAGUGGAUCAAGACUUGGUUCGAUUUUUUCGGAGGUCUUGAGUUUGAAGAUCCUUCGGUUCAUUCAGCCUUCCUUCCAUCCAAACAACGACCCCGUGAGGUUGGAGUAUGGACAAAUAAUAAUCGCCCCAUGAAAUCCCCCUUGGUGCCGGUUACUGACAUUCCUGGCUAUGCUCAGCAGUGGUUCGUGUGGUGGGCCUCCUGCCAACCAGACUGGCGCAACAAGGAGGCACUCAUCCGAGAGGACGCGCGUCCUGCAGGUGAUUGGCUCUGUCUUCGUCGCAGACGGAAGAAUGGGUUCUUCAUCGUCCUUCUCAGCCUUGCAUGUUGGUGUGAGGCUAUUGUCAAUGAUACUGAUUGUGUUUCUUUCACCAAGGCUAUGGGUGAUGUGGCUUGGGUGUUGAGUCAAAUGACUGCUAGCACCCCCAGCAUGAAGUGUGUGCGCAAUGCUCAUGACGAUGAAGGUUCAUCUACCCUCCGCAAGUGCCUCCGUAAAUGA